AUGAUUUCUCAUCAAAUACUCAGUUUUAGAAAAGAUAUUCUGAAGUUUAUCUCCCAUCUCCUACUACCCAUCAUAUUAGGUGUCUUCGCUCUUGUUAUCACUCUUCAGCUGCAGCAGCUACUUAAACAACAACGUGAAGAAGAUCGAAAAAUAUCUGCACUGCAACGUGAACAAGACAAAUUUUUCAAUGAUCAGAAAUAUCAAAAUGAACUUCUCGAUACGUAUAUUAACGAUGUGACUGCUCUAUUGAAAGAAAGCAAUGGCUCACUGACACUCAAUGAAGUUACAGCUACUAUUGUUCGAAUCAAAACUCUGAAUAUCUUUCGUCAAUUAGAUGCCCAACGCAAUGUUCGUAUUAUCAGAGUUCUUCAUGAUGCUAAACAACUUACUGAAACACAAGAACAUUCCGCACUAGAUCUUUCAACAGCAAAACUUUGUGAUAUAGAUUUUCAUCAUGUGGCAACAAAUGAAAAGCAACUACAUAAAUUGUUUUUGAUGGGCGUUUUUCUAUCGAAUGCCAGUUUUAUAAACAUGGAUAUGAAAUUCAUUAACUUUACUAGAACUGAGUUUGAUAAAGUAGAUUUUUCAGGAAGUAGUCUUAAGUAUGUCAAUAUGUCUUUAGUGAAAUUCGAUAAUGCUAAUUUUUCAUAUGCACGACUCAAUGGCGUCAUUUUUUCACUCAGCUCUUUCAUCAAUGCUGAUUUUUCAUUUGUUAUUCUAACUGACUCCAACUUAAAAUCGACCAAAAUCGAACAAGCGAAUUUUUCGUUCGCUACACUUGAGAAUAUCGAUUUUUCAUUCUCGUUGCUUUCCAAUGUCGAUUUUUCAUAUUCGAAAUUAAUUAAUGUAAAAUUUUCGUUCGCUGUACUCGAAAAUGUUAACUUUUCAUCUGCUAUCUUAGUUUCAACUGACCUUUCUGUUACUAAAGCACUUUACGCGGAUUUUCAAAAAGCAUCCUGUAUUGCUGCUCGUUUCGAUCGUUCUAUGCUAUCGUAUUCUAAUUUUUGGCGCUCGAAUCUUAAACAUGCUUCUUUUCACUCAGCUGACCUAACCAACGCUAUUUUCGCUGAUGCCAAUCUAUACAGUGCUCAGUUUCAAUACGCUCGUAUUACAGAUAUGCAACUACAAAGUACUCUGUCUAUUCAGGACGCUAUACUACCCAAUGGAACACGAGCUCAAGAUAGGAAUUUGAUCAAUAGUGGUCAUGCUGACUGCAAAAUUUCUCCUGUAGAUAAUUGGGCACUACUAACUGGUAAUGUCAUUACAGCAAUGUCUAGCAUAAAUGAUACUAAUUGUCAAUUCAUGUUACAAACAUUUGCUACGGGUGCUACUAUGAUGCAACGUGUCAAUUUAUCCAAUAAGUGGGAUCCAAAUACUUGGCCACAUUCUCAAGCUGUGCUGAGUGCGAAUAUGGGUAGUAAUGUAUUUAUUCAAUUGAGAGGAAUCGAUGGAAUCGGACAUACUCAUUCUCAACAAAAGUUAAAUUCAACUCAACGAUUUGUCAGCUCGACUUUGAAUAGAGAUAUACACCAACUUGAAAUAGUUAUCAAGUUUGAAGCCCUUGCUAAUAAUAGCAGUAAAGCAAACUCCUGGUGUGAUGAUAUCAAGCUUUUCAUCCUCUAUGGUACUGAUUUGGAAUUGAUACAAGGUAAGUUUUGGAAAAGAACAGUAUCUGUGGAGAAUUCGGAUUUAAUCAGUAGCAUUAGUAUAAUGAUCCUGUCUCUUGUUGCUUCAGAAACAUCAACUACUACGUCAAUGAUAACAGCAGUUCUACCAGCAUACAAAUUAUUUACAGUAUUCAACGUGUUUAAUGAUAUGAUUUUCGAUCCAGAUGAUGCCGCUACUGUAGCAGAUAUUGGUCAAAAAUUAUCUGCUAUUAUUAAUUUAGGUUUUCAGUGUCUAAAUGAUGUAUCCAAAGCACAAUGUUCGUUAUCAUCGCAGCGUAAACGACAUACGGCUUUUGAUUAUAAUAUUACUAAAAUUUCACCUAUAGUAUUGAUUUCUUCUCAUACGGAUAAUCCAAGAAGAUAUAAGGUCAGUUACACUGUAGUCGACAUAAGUAAAAAUGCAUUAUUGCCUGGAACACAAGCGAUAAUGGCUAUUGACAAAGUACCAGCUGAUCAAAAGCUGAUUUUAUUUGGUUUCACGAUUGUCAGCAAUUCGUUGGUGCAAAGUCCAUUUAAUUCAUCGUUCACAGUGUCCACAAAGGCAUCGCUAAAAACAGAUAAGCGAUGGAUUAUUCUUAUUUUUCUUGAACGCAUGGUUUUGGUUCUAUUCCUCAUUGGCUUAUUUUUUUGUCUCUAUUGUAACUGUCUACAACGAGAAAAGGAUAAACCAAUUGUAUAA